AUGCUAGGUGUAGGGCCUCCAUAUUAGAAACCUUCCGAAGGUCAUACGAACGGAUCCGGUCACAACUUCCAGAAAGCUGAGAGAGGUGAAACUGUCACAUCUAGCCGGCUAAAAUUGUCAGAUCUCAUAAUGUACAGACUGCCCAGUCUUCUCCGAACAUCAGUGGCACGCCACUUCACUCCAACUUUAACAAGAAGUUAUGCUAAAGAUGUCAAAUUUGGAGCAGAUGCUAGAGCUAUGAUGAUUCAGGGGGCCGACACAUUGGCUGAUGCCGUAGCUGUUACCAUGGGACCAAAGGGAAGGAAUGUCAUUAUUGAACAAAGCUGGGGUAGUCCAAAGAUCACCAAAGAUGGGGUGACAGUAGCCAAGGCUAUCGACCUACAGGACAAGUAUCAGAACAUCGGCGCCAAGCUGGUCCAGGACGUCGCUAAUAACACCAACGAGGAGGCAGGCGACGGAACCACCUGUGCCACAGUCCUAGCCCGAGCCAUCGCAAAGGAAGGGUUUGACAAGAUCAGCAAGGGAGCUAACCCUAUCGAGAUUAGGAAAGGUGUGAUGACAGCUGUUGAAGUGGUGGUGGAUAAUCUGAAAAAAAUGUCGAAACCCGUCUCCACUCCAGAGGAGAUUUCUCAGGUUGCCACCAUAUCUGCCAAUGGUGACAAAGACAUUGGAAACUUGAUUGCCGAUGCCAUGAAGAAAGUGGGAAGAGAUGGGGUUAUUACUGUCAAGGAUGGAAAAACCCUGAAGGAUGAGUUGGAGACGAUUGAGGGAAUGCAGUUUGACAGAGGAUACAUCUCUCCUUACUUCAUGAACUCCUCGAAAGGAGCAAAGUGUGAGUUUCAGGAUGCCCUUGUGUUAUUCAGUGAGAAGAAGAUUUCCACCAUUCAGUCUAUUAUUCCAGCCCUAGAAACCGCUAACAAGGCUCAGAGACCUCUCCUUAUCGUAGCGGAGGACGUCGAUGGCGAAGCACUGAGCGGACUCGUACUCAACAGACUGAAGGUAGGACUCCAGGUGUGUGCUGUCAAGGCUCCAGGGUUUGGGGACAACAGGAAGAAUACACUCCGAGACAUGGCCAUCGCAAGCGGUGGAAUUGUAUUUGGAGAUGAAGCGGACAUGUACAAAAUUGAGGAUGUCCAGAUGAAUGACUUUGGUACUGUGAAGGAAGUUACUGUCACCAAAGACGAUACUCUCCUGAUGAAGGGAGGUGGUGACAAGAAAGAAAUUGAGAAGAGAAUCCAGCAGCUACGAGAUGAGAUUGAACUCUCCACAUCCGAGUACGAGAAAGAAAAACUCAAUGAACGACUCGCCAAGCUGUCAGCAGGAGUUGCUGUUCUCAAGAUUGGUGGAUCCAGUGAGGUGGAGGUGAAUGAGAAGAAGGACCGGGUAAACGAUGCCCUCUGUGCUACAAAGGCCGCCAUAGAGGAGGGAAUUGUCCCCGGGGGAGGGGUCGCUCUGCUCCGCAGUAUCAAGGCUCUGGAGAGUGUCCAGGGAAACAACAAUGAUCAGAAUACAGGUAUUGAGAUAGUGAGGAAGUCCCUACGUUUACCAACACUUACCAUUGUUUCUAAUGCUGGACUGGACCCACACCCCAUUGUAGAAAAAGUCCUGAGCAGUGAAGGAGACUUUGGAUACGAUGCCCUCAAUAAUGAGUUUGUGAACAUGAUAGAAAAGGGAAUUAUUGAUCCUACAAAGGUUGUCAGGACAGCAAUAGUGGACGCAUCAGGAGUUGCCUCCCUUUUAUCGACGGCGGAGGCAGUAAUCACGGAAAUUCCUAAGAAGGAGGAGCCUAUGCCAGGUGGUAUGGGAGGAAUGGGUGGGAUGGGAGGCAUGGGCGGGAUGAUGUGAUGAUUGACAGCUCAGAAACAAAUCUGAUUGGCUGAGAUGUGAUAGUGUCAUUAUGAAGGACAUAAAUCUGUUUUUAUGAUAAAUAUUUCAUUUUGACAAGACACUGAAAAACAAAAAUAUGGCCAGGUGUCCAGCUUGUGUUGUGAAGGGCGAUUGUGAAGUAUUAAGACUUACGGAGUGCAUCUAAAAGAAGAAGCUGGGGGACUUCUGAUAAAAAUUUGCUUCUGUUAAAAUUCUAAUUUUUUUAUGUCAUUUCUGCUUAUUGCUAAUCUGCUUUUUAUCACAAUACUUUGUAGAACUGAACAACUUUCUUUAUGUCUGUCAAUUGCAAUCAUUAAAGUUGAUUUCUUUUGACUUGAUAAAUGAAUUCAAAUCUCUUAUAAGCAUUAUAAAUGUGUUCAUCUUGCCACUUCAAGCAUUUCCUAGAACUUUGUCACUCUUCAAAAGUAUGCUCCUGCAUGGAUGACCUAUCGUUCAUUCUAUGUUAUAUAACCAUUAUUUGGAUGACCAAUACCAGAUAUGAUUGUGUGCUAUUAGAGGUUUUAUUAUUUUAUGUUAGAGGGAUAAAUGUAGUAUAUUUGUGAUAUUGAGUGAAAUGAUGUGAAUCAUUAAAUGUAUUUUGUAUCAAGA